UUACGUUGAGCCUGCUGGGUGGGACUACGAUGGAUACAGUUUAUGUCAUAAUUUACUUUUAAUAUAAUUUAUGCUGCAGGUUUGGAUAAUUAAUCGUAACAGGUUCUGAGAAUUAGGUUAAGGUUAUGUUAAGGGUUGGCUAAAAUGCAACACAAAUUAUUUUGGACAUAAUCUGUACCCCAUCUAGCCAUCGUCUACUGGGUGAUCCCAACUUCCUGUGCAAGACGAUAAGUGAUUUCAGUGGCCUCACAUGAUUGUCUUGACAAGUCCUACACCCGUAGUUGAACGGGGAACGGCCCAAUCAUGGUCCUGUGAUAGCUAACAAGUGGGCUAGCUAAUUAACUUUUUGUUUUACCUGAAAGCCUGUGUGGCAAAGUCGCUCCGUUAACUAAACAUCUAACGUUACCCUGCUAGGUAAACAGCUAACUUAGCCAAGUAAAACGCAGUUAGCUAUUCGACAACCAAGCAUUUCUGCAGUAUAUUUGAUUACGGUCGGUGUCUAUUUCAUAAUGUCAAGUACAGAUUUUAGCUCUCAGAAUGGGGCAGGAGGACCGCCGUACGCAAAUGGUCCCUCACAGAAUCCAGUAGCGCUGCAGCCACCCGGACCAGGUUACAUGGCCCACCAGACUCCAUACAACCCAAUGCAAGCCAAGGGUGCUAUGCCGCCUGGCCCUGGUCUCUAUAACUCCGGUCCCUACCAGCCCAUCCCACCAGUCAGCUCUAACCAGGCCCUUCCAGGUCAGCCCAUGUUAAAAAGGCCUCCUAUGGGACCUCAACAUUCCAUGACCCCACCUCAGUCUGCCAGCCCUGGCCCAGGCUCCAGGAUGCCCCCAGCGCAUGCCACCCCUCCACCUGUGUCUGCUAACAACUACCAGCACGCCCCAGCCUGGCAGUAUGGGGGGACUCCUCCGAUGGGAGCUCCUCCAUCAAUGGGGGCACCGCCUCCUAUGGCCGUGCCUCCCCUUAGGCCUGUGGGUAAUCACAUAACCUCCUCGCCCAGCCUGGCAACCCCCCAGGCCACCUCGGCAGAGUACCACGCAACGCCAUCUGUCUUCCACAAUGCCACGCAACCCCUGGGGCCUCCCACCUCGCUCCAGGGAUACACCCAGCAAGGCUCUGCCCCUCUUCCGAUGAACCCCAUGGCAGCUCCUCACUCAUACCAGCCAGGUAUGAGAGCGCCUUACGGCGGCCCCCCACCCUCUGUGAGACCCACCCCACCCACUGCUGGACCCCCCAUGGGCAAUGCCACCCCUCCCCUUGGCCCCAAGACUGAUGGACACAUGCCCACACCUGGUAAUGGUGCUCAAGUUCCCAACAGCUUUGAUCACUUGGAGAUGGGCCCUACAAUGGCUGGCCCACUCCCGCCCCAGCAGCCAGGCCCCCCUACUCGACACAUGGGUCUAUCCUACCCCUCUCUACCCCCGGGGUACCAGAACACCUCGGCACCCCCUAACGCCGCUACCAUGCAACAUCCCAUGCAGCCCUUGACGCAGCCUUACACCCAUCCUCAGCCAUACCAGCAGCCCUCUGCAGGUCCAGCCCAACUGAGCCCCUCCUUGUCUGGUUUGAGUCUGCAGUCCCAGACCCCAGAGGCCCUGAGGGUGGUCAACCUGCUGCAGGAGAGGAGCCUGCUCCCUCCGGGCCCAGUCACCCCUCCUACGCCCUGCCUGUCCCAGGACCUGCAGAAAAUCAACUGCCACCCAGAGGUCUUCCGCAGUACCCUGACCAGCAUCCCCCAGACCCAGUCUCUGUUAAACAAAGCCAAGCUCCCACUCGGCUUGCUCCUCCAUCCCUUCAAAGAUCUCUCGCAACUGCCUGUGGUCACCUCUAGCACUAUAGUGAGGUGUCGCUCCUGCAGGACGUACAUCAACCCCUUCGUGACCUUCCUGGACCAGAGGAGAUGGAAGUGUAACCUGUGUUACCGGGUCAACGACGUUCCAGAGGAGUUCAUGUACAACCCAGUCAGCAGAUCGUAUGGCGAGCCACACAAAAGACCUGAGGUCCAGAAUGCCACCCUCGAGUUCAUUGCACCAUCAGAAUACAUGCUGAGACCCCCCCAGCCUGCUGUUUACCUCAUCGUGCUGGACGUAUCCCACAAUGCCGUGGAAACAGGAUACCUAGACGUCGUCUGUCAGUCACUGCUCGAGAACAUCAAUGCGCUCCCUGGGGACUCGAGGACAAAGAUUGGCUUCAUCACAUUUGACAGCACCAUCCACUUCUACAACCUCCAGGAGGGCCUGUCCCAACCACAGAUGCUCGUAGUCUCUGACAUCGAAGAUAUAUUUUUACCAACACCAGACAGCCUGUUAGUGAACCUCAAUGAAUGCAAGGAGCUGGUGCAGGAUCUGCUGAAGAGCUUGCCCCAGAUGUUUGGCAAGACCAUGGAGACCCAGUGUGCUCUAGGCCCAGCCCUGCAGGCAGCGUUCAAGCUGCUGUCGGCCACCGGAGGGCGUGUGUCCGUCUUCCAGACCCAGCUGCCCAGCCUGGGCGUGGGGGCCCUCAAGUCCAGAGAGGACCCCAACCAGAGGGCUUCUGCCAAGGAUAUCCAGCAUCUUUCUCCUGCCACAGACUUCUAUAAGAAGCUGGCCCUGGACUGUUCAGGACAGCAGGUGGCUGUGGAUCUGUUCCUACUGAGCUCCCAGUACUGUGACCUGGCCUCUUUAGGUUGCAUAUCCAGGUACUCAGCGGGAAGUGUGUACUACUACCCCUCCUACCACCAGCAGCACAAUCCAGCCGGGGUAGAGUGCUUCCAGAAGGAUCUCAAGAGGUACCUCACCCGCAAGAUCGGCUUCGAGGCUGUCAUGAGGAUACGCUGCUCUAAAGGUUUGUCCAUCCACACGUUCCAUGGGAACUUCUUUGUGCGCUCCACGGACCUGCUGUCUCUGCCCAACGUGAACCCAGAUGCAGGCUUCGCUGUGCAGAUGUCCAUUGAAGAGAACCUGGUGGACAUGCAGUCGGUCUCCUUCCAGGCUGCUUUGCUCUACACGUCCAGCAAAGGAGAGCGACGAAUCAGAGUCCACACCAUGUGUUUGCCUGUUGUCAACUCCCUAUCCGACAUCUUCGCUGGGGCUGAUGUCCAGGCCAUCACUUGUCUGCUGGCUAGCAUGGCUGUGGAUCGCUCAGUGACGGCCAGUUUGAGUGACGCCAGGGACGCGAUGACCAACGCGUCCAUCGACUCUCUGACGUCCUUCCGCACCUCUGUACUCACCAUCCAGCAGCCUGGCCUCCUGGCCCCCGCCUGCCUCAGACUGUUCCCCCUCUACAUCCUCGCCCUGCUCAAACAGAAAGCCUUCCGAACGGGUACAAGCACCAGGCUGGACGACCGUGUGUUUGCCAUGUGUCAGCUGAAGUACCAGCCCCUGGCCUACGUCAUGCUGAUGAUCCACCCAGCGCUGUACCGCGUGGACGAUCUGACUGAUGAGGGAGCCCUGAACAUCAGUGAGCGCACCAUCCCCCAGCCCAGAGUCCAGCAGUUGUCUGUGGAGAAGCUGAGCAGAGAUGGGGCCUUCCUUAUGGACGCUGGCUCGGUGAUCUAUCUCUGGAUUGGAAGAAACUGCAACCCCAACUUCCUCACUCAAGUCCUGGGGCUCCCAAACUACGCUGCUGUGCCUCUGAACAUGAACAUGCUCCCAGAGUUGGACACUGCAGAGUCCCAGAGAACCAGAGCGUUCGUCGGCUGGCUGAGGGAACAGAGGCCCUUCUUCCCCAUCCUGCAUGUCAUCAGGGAUGAGAGCCCACUGAAAGCCAGCUUCUUGCAGAACAUGAUAGAGGAUCGGACAGAGUCGGCCUUGUCUUACUAUGAGUUUUUACUCCACGUCCAACAGCAAAUCUCCAAGUAAACCCAGUGUAUUCAGUCAGCCAGUCCUGGGAACAUCAGUAUGUGAACGAACGGUGGGAACCUGUCAGGGACUGCUSCCUCUCACAGCAUCUUCGGUUGUGGCUCACCAUUUUUUUUGUGUGUAUCAUUGCCUUUCCUGAAGAUUUCCCCCAGCCGCAGACUUUCUUUCAAACGAAUCAAACUUUGUGUGGUAAGCAGGACAUGGACAGAGGUGACUAAGCGAGGUCUGAUUUUGCUGCUGGUUUGACUAUUUUUCAAGCUGGAACAGCUUGUCGAAACCAGGGAACUCAUGAUACGAUAUGUACGUCAGUGAUUGAGGAAAUCAGUGUUUAUUCUCAAAGAACAAGGUUUUCUAAGAUCUUUUCAUAUACAGUUAUGGAUGUCAAGUCUUUUGAUCAAAAGCAUAGUUGUAUUUGCUAAUAAAAUAAUAGAAGUAUCAUGCUAAAGGCAAUGUUGGAGUAUCGCUUGCCCUGAGGACUUAUUAUUGGAUGUCACCUUGAGCGUAAGAAUAAUAUCUCAGCUACAAGAAUAACGAUCUACCAAUUUUAGUUGUGAAGGACAGAUGUGUGCUUUAUUUUGGUUAUUGUGUCGAACAAAUCUAGGCUUAAUGCAAAGGCAGAAAUGUAGACGUUUGAAGGCGAACUAACCUUGUUAUAAUUUGCUGCCUUUCGAAUGUUGUUGACUAAACAAUGCAAUGCUGUCAUCUCUUGGGUCUGGUCUGUCCUUCUCUCACCCUUUCUUUCCUCUCUCUCACUUGUCAUGGACAUUCGACACCUCUGAAGACGUUGCUUUGUUUAAUGAGAAUCCCGAUCUGAUUAAAUCCUCUAAUUGCCUUCUAUGGGAACUUUUUAUUAUUAAACCUCUGUUUAAAUACAAACGCUAUAUAUGAAAUAUUUUAAUAUAAUAGGAUAUGGGAAAUUCUUGAAUACAGACAAAGCCAUUGUGAUCUUUUAAUCAUGCUUAUUGAUACUUGUGUAUUGAAAAGACUACAUUAUGGUAAAGUGUUGAUUUUAGUAUGAACAUAUGGUGAAAUGACGCUAAUAAAAUGUUCGGAACUUUUUAAACCUAAUUGUGGUUUGUCAUGAAUGAGCAGGGUAUGAUAAACAUGGAUGUCUCAAAUGGUAUGCCUUUUCAAAUUCAACUGUCGUAACUGUGAAAAGCAAUACGAACAUAUCAGAAUGUUUUCUGAUGCAAAGAAGAUACAAUAUCAUAUCUUAGAAGUAAUGACGGAAUAAAUAGUGACUUAAGGUGUAAUUCUUAUUGUACUUCACAAUUCAUACCUUUCCUGCAGUUAACAUUUCUACAUUUGACAAGGCCAGAGGAUGUUGCUGUUCUGGUCUCAAUAGUACUAUGGRUUUAAGAUAUUAUUUGUUCUUGUGGAAGUUUCCAGAAUUAAAUAAUAGUAAUAAAA